ACUAUUAUUAGUGCGUAAUGUACGUAUACUACUCUUUAUUUAUUAUAUUAAACGGGUGAUAACUUUUUUACAUUUUUGUUACAAUAUAUCCAUUAUCUACGCAUUUUCAACAUAAAAUAAUACAGAAUAAUGAAACAACAAUACUUUAUGGUAAUGAGGGUUUGCAUUGGCAUUUAACAUAAUACGCCUCAUUGGUUCAUUGGAUAAAUAUUGUUGGUGAUGGUGCAAGUUGGAAUAAAGAAUUGAGCGUGUGAUCUCUGGUGUAUUUUUGAGUCUCGAGGAACUUUAAAAUUGAAUAGAGAUCAAAAGCAUAUAGACGUGACGGUAAUAAUAAUAUAAUAUGACCGAUACAGCAGUCGACAUCGGGAACAACAGGUGUAGUGACAGCGACGGGACGACCGUACGGGUACGCGUGAUCGCACCGUCGUCCAUGGGCAAACCGUCGAAACUAGAGGCGUUCAGGAGGUUCUUGCGGGACGCGGGCAUGAAGACGGGCGUCGAUGACUCGAUUUACCGGGCCGGCGCCGACCUGUUCUACGCGAACACCGACCAGUUCCGGGCGACCGACCUGGAGGACGCGCUGACGGACAGCAGCACGGUGGUGUGGUGCGCGCUUGGCGGCAAAGGCGCGUCCCGUCUGAUACCGUACCUGGAGGCGUUGCCGGCGGACCGGAAGCAGAGAAUCCGGGACGCCCGGAAAACGCUGGUCGGUUACAGCGACGCGACGGCACUGCACGUGUACCUGCAGACGGUGUACGGGUGGCAGACGGUGCACGGCACAAUGUUGGAAAUGAUCGCUGGUGGCACGGUGGACAGGCGGUCGGUGGACGCACUUGUGGCCCUGGUGACUGGCCGAUCGGACCGGGUCCGGUACGAACUGCGGCCGGUCACCGCCGACGGCCCAUGGGAUGGGCGGUUGUCGCUGCGGUCCAAGGUAGCGGGUGGCAACCUUACGCUAGUCGAGAACUCGCUGGGCACGUCGUGCGGCUUCCGGGGAGAUGGUAAGAUCGUGUUCCUGGAAGACGUGCGCGUCCAACCGUACUCGUUGGAACGAAGCCUCGAUCACAUGAAGCUGGCCGGCAUGUUCGACGGCACCACGGCCGUCGUGUUCGGUUCGUUCAGAGUGGAGGAGCAGUCCACGGGUAGCUGUAACGGCGUACCGUCGUCGGACGACCACCUGAUCGCCCUGGUGUUUCAGCGGUUCGCGGCCACCUUACCGUUUCCCGUGUUCCGCAUCGAUGGCAUUGGUCACAGUUUCGUCAACGACCCGCUGCCGCUAAACACCGAGGCCACAGUGGUGGGACCAACGCGGUUUGACGACGCCACCGGAACAUCGACUUACACUCUGACCGUCGACAACGUCUACAAUACGGGCGCGCGAAACUGUAGUCGACCACCUGCACCGCUUGACCAAGCAGCUUAGUCUGCAGGUGUAGGCGUGAAGCUGUCGCAGUCGUGCGCUGCGUCACAAGGCAUGCCAUGGCGCCAUGACUCGGACCAGCUGAGACUUCGAUAAAGGGCCGUACCUAAUACUAUACCCCGAUGGAUACAUUGGUCCAUACUUUUUUUUCAAACAACUUUAAUAUUGUAAAACUACUCUAUACAGAUACCUAAAUUAAAAAUUAAAAAAAAAAUGGCCUAAGAAAUAAAUAUUGAAGAAUAAUUUA